ACGUGGAGAUAGAAAAAUAUCCAUUUCAAGGUUCCGAUCUACGCAGAGGAGUGCUGGUAUUUAUUGCAAACUAAAACCUGAAGCCCCUCAUCCAUUGAAGAAGUUAGAGAGAGAAACAAAGAGAGACAUAAGCUCAUUCAUUGAAAAGAUGGCGAUUACGCUGAACAGCGGCUUCAAAAUGCCGAUGAUUGGGCUGGGCGUUUGGCGGAUGGAAGGCAAAGAUAUAAAAAUUCUUAUACUCAACGCUAUCAAAAUCGGUUACCGUCACUUUGAUUGCGCCGCUGACUACAAGAAUGAAGAAGAAGUUGGGGAGGCGCUUGCUGAAGUGUUUCAGGCAGGACUUGUCAAGAGGGAGGAUCUCUUCAUAACAACAAAGCUGUGGAAUUCAGACCACGGGCAUGUAGCUGAGGCCUGCAAAGACAGUCUAAAGAAACUACGCCUGGAUUAUCUAGACUUAUACCUAGUUCACUUCCCUGUUGCCACAAGACACACAGGAGUUGGUACAACUGCAAGUGCUUUGGGAGAGGAUGGUGUUUUGGACAUUGACACUACUGUAUCAUUGGAGACCACAUGGCACGCAAUGGAAGAUCUAGUUUCCAUGGGCUUAGUGCGAAGCAUAGGGAUCAGCAACUAUGACAUAUUUCUGACCAGAGAUUGCUUAGCCUAUGCGAGAGUGAAGCCUGCUGUCAAUCAGAUCGAGACACAUCCUUAUUUCCAGCGAGAUUCUCUUGUUAAGUUUUGUCAGAAACACGGUGUCUGUGUUACUGCCCACACUCCUCUUGGAGGUGCCACAGCCAACACAGAAUGGUUCGGUUCAGUGUCAUGUUUGGAUGAUCCAGUUCUUAAAGGUCUUGCCAAGAAGUACAAUAAGACUGUGGCUCAGAUUGUUCUUCGCUGGGGUAUCCAACGGAAUACAGUCAUAAUACCGAAGUCAUCAAAAGUCGAGAGAUUGGAGGAGAACUUUCUGGUAUUUGAUUUCGAGCUUACUAAAGAAGACAUGGAUUUUAUCAGAACUAUUGACCGCAAUUAUCGGACCAAUCAACCUGCCAAGUUUUGGGGCAUAGACUUGUAUGCAUAAGUUGCUUGUGCAUCGAAUCUGCAAAGGCUAAUCUGCUCUUAUCUUGUAGGGAUAAAACAUGGGAGAGGCGGAUUGUCUCUCAAUCUUGCAAAGUUUGUUGUUUAAAGAAUCUGAACCUAUAGAUACAUUUGGUGAUUACGUUCAUCGAUUGUGAAUCAUGGAGAUUGUGAAUCACUCCAUGAAGGAAAAUUGAAUUUAAUUUGAUCUUUCACAUUGUGUGCCA